CAAAUAAUGAUUUUUUGACGUUUUAUCAAAGUAAAAUUCAAAUCUUGCCCUCAGAUAAAUCGAAUAAACCCAAAGUAUAUAAACAUAUUGACUAUCGAUUGUAUAUAAUUAGUGUUGAAAAAUCGUCGAUAAUUGAAUCAUAUACUCGAGAAAAAUGAUUAAUUGGGUCGUUGCAAAGACAGCUCUUGAGUAUAUGCCAAUAGACGAAAAACGUGACCUCUACAAGUGUCACGAUAAAUUCAAAACCGUGGAUGAUAUAGUCGACUGGAGCACAUACGUUCGGAAUAAAUUUUCGUCCUGCAUAGCCGAAAAAGAUUCUCACGAAGAGGAUGAAAAGAUCCAGACAGAUGUUAAUGUUGAUGCUGAUGAUGAGGAUUAUGAAGCUGAAGCUGAUGAUUAUUAUUAUUAUGAUGAAGAUCCUGAUGCUGAUAUUGACCUUGGUGACGAUGUAGAAUCAUCAGAAAGCAGCGAUGAUGACAGCAUGGAAGAAAUUACAAACGAUAACAAUAAACGAGUUUUUCGAAAAGGGAAUAUCAAAGGUUCCACCGAAAACGAUGCCUCGAAAGAAAACACAAGCACUGGCGAUUCAUCUGUGAUCGCCACUAAUGAAGCUGUUCAAUCGGACGACGAAAAGAAAAAGGAGUUCGUUAAUAGCAGGAUAUCAGUGUUUAUCGGUGACAUUAUAUGCCUUGAAAUCGAUGCAAUCGUAGUUACUGCUAGUGAGGAACUAUUUGAAGGCGGACGUGUUUAUAAUCCGGUUAUUUGCGCUGCUGGUCCUAUGUUUCUCCGAGCUGAAUGUGGUGCAAUGGGUGCCUUGGGUGAAGGCGCCAUUGGAAAUGCUAAAAUUUCCGGUGGCUACAAACUACCGGCAAAAUAUAUCAUACACGCUGUCGGACCAAAGGGCGAACAUCCUGAUCAGUUGAGAAGUUGCUACAAGAGGGCAAUGGAUUUGCUGAAGGAACAUAAAUUGGAAACGAUUGCGUUUUCUUGCCUAUCCACCGGCAUUUAUGGAUAUCCGAAUGAAAGCGCUGCGAAUGUUGCACUAGAAACGAUUCGGAAUUGGUUGGAGGAAGAAGAGUACAGUGCCAAAGUUAAGCGAGUAAUUUUUUGUUUAUCGGAUCAACAUGAUAUUGACAUCUAUCACAAACUGAUGUCAGAAUAUUUUCCACUACCAAAUAGUUUGGAGUAGACAGAUUUAUUUAUUUGCCCAAUAAAAGGCACUGAUAUAAACAUAACACGAGCUACUA